AUGGAGCGAAGUGAUUCAGGCUCAAGGAAUAGGCCUGGUCAGAAUGCUGAUCAGUCCUUUCGAUUCGUUACUAUUCAAGACCCUGAAGAAUCCAAGGGUCGCGAGUUGAGGAGAUCAAUCAGGUCACAUGCCGUCAAGCAGGCUCUUCAGAGCAAACGAAGGAAUGAAAGGACCCGGAGCGAGCAUUUCCGUCCCACUACUUUCGAUCCAAGUAGCUCGAGUACUGUAGAGAGGGCGACGCAAACCGAAGUACGAGCUUCUUCCGCCCUUCCGACCCUCGGGUUAUUUCAGAGUUCCUCGGAGGACGGUGGAGCGAGUCUGUCGAGGUUGAGAUCGUUGCUCAGAUCCGACGAAGCGAAGCAAGCUCUUGAGCCAGUCUCCAGCCUGGGGGAUGAUGUUGCUCUUCAGAAUUUCCGUUCGGUGUUCCGGACAGGUGUAGAUGACCCGGCCCUGCUGAACGCAGUCCUGCUCACGACAACUUUCGCCGCGACAAGAAAUGUUCUCGACCAGGAAUACCUCCACUACCAAACCGAGACGAUCAAGAUCAUACGCGAGAGAAUUAGCAUGUCUGAUCCCACCACUACCAUCUCGACAAUGGGUGCUAUUCUGCUCCUUGCAGGCAUCGAGACACGCCUCGGAAUGCGAUCCCAAGUUGAAAUUCAUCUGAAAGCCAUCCAGCGUCUGCUCGAAUCCUCGAAGAUUUUGCAGAUAUACUUGACCGAUGGUAUCAAGCGAGCGAUCUUCUGGCAGGACUUGUACUCACACGUCUUGACUGCCUCGGAACGUAUAGUGACUCAUAACACCUUCAACGAGUUGCGGUGGGAGAGGGAUAUCUUUCCUUCCGACAUCUUUGUUUUAUCGCCCGGAUUCCAGAAAAAGGCACAGCUGUUCCCCGAGGGGUUCCUGGAAGUCCCCAGGGACAUACAUGCGAUGCAGUGUUGUCGAGAGUCUUCGUUCUUUGCGCCCGAGGACACAAUCUCCAUGAUGCAUGUGGACAAUAGCAGGCGAAUGCUGUCGAUGGGCGGCAUAUUUGGCCGCGUCAAUGCUCUGCUGCAAGAUUUGGCGGUUGUCCGUGAUGCCAGUGAGUACCUCGCAGUAGAGCAGCUGCAUGAGGCUGACUUGGACAUUGCACUCUAG